CUACUGCAGAAAAAGACUUCGGAAGAGCGAGCAGUGGAGGCGGAUGGGCCGAGAGGAGAAAGAGUUACCUGCUUAACCACAGACUGAACUGGCAAGGGGGUCGUCUUGUCCAUCUCAAAAGUUUUACUUCCUUCCAGGGGAGAGGGGGUGUUGACAACUCACACGGGACCCCCCUUCCUCCCUGCAGAGAAGGAACCUAUCACGUUACCUGCUUAAGCACAAACUGGACUGGCACAAACUGAACUGGCAAGGGGGUCGUCUUGCCCAUCUCAAAAGUUUGACUUCCUUCCAGGGGAGAGGGGUUCUUGACAACUCACACGGGACCCCCUUCCUCCCUGCAGAGAAGGAACCUAUCACAGAGAGACUCUGAUACACCAGUCUGAGCUCAUUUCCAUUGAAACAGAAAAAUACAGAGACGUUGUCCUGGACCAAUUGAGAGGAGAAGGCGAUCCGAAUUCUGAAGAGACAAUGGCAUGCUCUGACCCAUAGGGUCACGAAGAGUCAGACACGACUAAACAUCUAAACAACAACAAAUGUAGACAACGUUAAAAUUUAUAUAAUGUGCUUCUGCUAGUGUGAACACUGAGUUUACAAUAAUGAACUCAACAGAAGAGAAACCAUCUAAAGCUAUGGAGUGCAAAAAGAGCUUAAACUGGAGCAAAACUCUUAGGAAACAUCAACAAACUCCCAAGGGACAGAAACCAGUUAAAUGUAUGGAGUGUAGAAAGAGCUUCAGUCACCGUGGAGCACUUAGAACCCAUCAAAGAAUACACACUGGGGAGAAACCAUUUAAAUGUAUUGAGUGUGGAAAGAGCUUCCGUCAAAGUGGAGACCUUAGACUGCACCAAAGAACUCACACUGGGGAGAAACCAUAUAAAUGUGUAGAUUGUGGAAGGAGCUUCAGUCAAAGUGGAACUUAUAGAACACAUAAAAAAACUCACACAGGGGAGAAACCAUUUAAAUGUAUGGAAUGUGGAAAGAGCUUUGGUCGUAGGGAUACCCUUACAAUACAUCAGCGAACUCACACAGGGAAGAAACCAUUUAAAUGUAUGGAAUGUGGAAAGAGCUUCAGUCAAAGUGGAAACCUUAGAUCACAUCAGAAAACUCACACGGAUAAUACAUUUAAAUGUAUGGAAUGUGGAAAGAGCUUCAAUCAAAGUGGAAGCCUUAGAUUACAUCAGAAAACUCACACAGGGGAGAACCCAUAUAACUGUAUAGAGUGUGGAAAGAGCUUCAGUCAAAGUGGAAAUUAUAGAACACACCAAAGAACUCACACAGGGGAGAAACCAUUUAAAUGUAUAGAGUGUGGAAAGAGCUUUAGUCAUAGUGGAACCCUUAGAAUACAUCAACGAAUUCACACAGGGGAUAAACCAUUUAAAUGCAUGGAAUGUGGAAAGAGCUUCACUUCAGCCAAAAACCUUAGACUGCACAAAAUAACUCACACAGGGGAGAACCCAUAUAACUGUAUAGAGUGUGGAAAGAGCUUCAGUCAAAGUGGAAAUUAUAGAAGUCACCAAAGAACUCACACAGGGGAGAAACCAUUUAAAUGUACAGAGUGUGGAAAGACCUUCAGGAAUAGUGGAAACCUUAGACUGCACCAAAGAACGCACACAGGGGAGAACCCAUAUAACUGUAUAGAGUGUGGAAAGAGCUUCAGUCAAAGUGGAAAUUAUAAAAGACACCUAAGAACUCACACAGGGGAGAAACCAUUUAAAUGUAUGGAGUGUGGAAAGAGCUUUACUCGUAGUGGAAACCUUACAUUACAUCAGCAAACUCACACAGGAAAGAAACCAUUUAAAUGCUUGGAGUGUGGAAAGAGCUUCAGUCAAAGUGGAGCCCUUGGAAGCCAUCUACGGACUCACACAAAGGGGAAACCAUUUAAAUGUAUGGAGUGUGGAAAGCGCUUCCUUCAAAGUGUACACCUUAAGAAUCACCAGCGAACUCACACCAGAGAAUAACCAUUUAAAUGUAUGGAGUGUGGAAAGAGCCUCGGUCAAAGUGGACAUUUUAAAGACACCAGAGAACAUUCGCAGCAGGAAAAAAAGCAUUUAUAUGUGAGGAUUGUGUGUGCGAACAGCUUACUGAUAGUGGAGCACAUAGAAAACAUCAAUAGACAUGCAACGGCGAGAAAUCAUUUAAAUAUAUGGAGUAUGGAAAGAGCUUCCAUCAGAGUGAAAACCUUGCAAAACAAUAGUGAAUUUGCAUGGGAAGAAACCAUUUAAAUGCAUGGAGUGUGGAAGGAGCUUCAGUUUGACUGCAGAUCUUAAUAUACAUCAACCGUUAGAUGCAUAGAGUAUAUGUGAAGUUCUGGUGUCUACAUGUAAAUUUGUACCCAUGUACAGUGGUACCUUGCAAGACGAAUGCCCUGCAAGAGGAAUUUUUCGCAAGACGAAUUCGUUUUGCGUGGAAUUCGUCUUGCGAAUCGCAGUUUCCCAUAGGAAUGCAUUGAAAUUUAAUUAAGGCGUUCCUAUGGGCAAAAAAUUUUUUUUGAUGCAUUCCUAUGGGAAACUGCGAUUUGCAAGAUUAAUUUUUCGCAAAACGAAUUGACUCGCGGAAUGAAUUAAAUUCGUCUUGCGAGGUACCACUGUAUUCAAGUAAUGAAGGUGAUGUCUCACAAUAGUAAAUGCAAUAUAAAAUGUCAUGAACUGUAAAUCUGCAAUCCUGGUGGUGAAUGUUCAUGCUCUUUGAGUCGACUGAAGAUCGGUCUUUGGUAGAGAGAGUUGAAAAUGUUGGUGUUUUGGGGGUGCUAAUAGAGCUUUGAGGAAAACAGAGGGUUAAUGUUGUGAUGCUUUGUUAGCAGGGUUAGUUAAAUUGGUAGUACAGGAACAGGAGUAUAACACCCAUGCUUGUAAUUACACUAAAUGAACAAUGAAGACACAUAAAGAGUGAGGCCAUCUUCUUAUGUGCAUAAAGCCCUUCUGUAGUUUUUAUAAUUGAUAAACUAAUUGUGUUACAACACUUCCUCAUCCUUGGUUCUCUGAAGGGCGCAAUUUUCAGAUAAAACAUUAUUUCCAGUGGCAGCAGGAAAAGAGGAAUGAAGAAAGCAAGGGUUCCUGGGGUGUCCAGAGGGGGUGUGAAAGAGACCCCCCAUGCCCACUCCUCUAGAUGGAGAAAAAGCAACCAUGGGGAGAGAAGGUGGUAGAGAGAAACAUGGCCUAUGGUGGGUGAUUCUGUUUUGGGUGCUGUCAAUAACUUCUCCAGAGGCGCUCCGAGGCAUCCUUUGCUACUCUCUCCUUCCCAAGAGCCUGUGGCUUCUCCAAGUGCUCCUAGAGAAGGAUCCAUUAAAACGGCUUGGAGGGAAAGAUUGUUCAAUUUUAUUACUAUUAUUAUUAUUAUUAUUAUUAUUAUUUUAUUUCAAACAACCGCCAACAUACAAAACAUACUACAAAUACUAACAUACCAACAUACAAACCUACAAUACACUUACAAAACAAAACACAAACACAGAGGCGUCUUAGCCAUAGAGGCUACAGUCACCACGGCCUGGAGGGCGCUUUGGAGGGCGCCUCUGCCCUGCCGAGCCGUGCCCAGAGUCUCCUCCUGCAGCACCGCUCUCGCCCGCCUCUUCUCGGACUGCGGGCAAGCCGGCCGCGAGCCUCCCAUUGGCGCGGCAACCAAGGCUCCCUGGGCGGCAGCACCGCGCAGCUGCUUCGGCUGAGCAGGCAGAGGCGGAGGCGAGGUGGCAGCGCCCCUGCCUCCCUUUCUGCCGCUGCUGUUGCCGCCUCCGGCUUAGUGAUCUUUGGGGGGGUGGAGGAGCCGCACGGUGGCCCCGUUUGUG